CGCCGCCCGCCCGGUCCCCGCGUCCCCCGAUCCACCGCCAUGGCCAGCGAGGAGCUGGCGCGCAAGCUGCAGCGCCGGCUGUGGCUCGAGCAGGCCGAGGACGGCGGCCCCCCGCCCGCGCCCGGCGUCGCCCCGGCCCCCGAGCCCGAGCCCGAGCCCGAGCGCGAGCCCGAGCCGCCCGCCCGGGAGCCGCUGGCCAGCGCCGACGCCGAGCUGAGCGCGCGGCUGAGCCGGCGGCGGGACAUCAGCGAGGGCGCGGCGCGACCCCGCCGCAGCACGGUCUUCAGCCCCUGUACGGAGUUCCCGGAGUUCAGCCGCCGCCUCAUCAAGGACCUGGAGAGCAAGUUCAGGCGGUAUGACGCCGGACAGGACGGCUUCAUUGACCUGAUGGAGCUGAAGCUGAUGAUGGAGAAGCUGGGGGCCCCCCAGACCCACCUGGGCCUGAAGAGCAUGAUCAGGGAGGUGGACGAGGACUUCGAUGGCAAGCUCAGCUUCCGGGAGUUUCUGCUCAUCUUCCACAAGGCCGCGGCCGGGGAACUGCAGGAGGACAGUGGGCUGAUGGCGCUGGCCAAGCUCUCCGAGAUCGAUGUUGCCGUGGAGGGUGUCAAAGGUGCCAAGGACUUCUUUGAAGCCAAGGUCCAAGCCUUGGCAUCUGCCAGCAAGUUUGAAGCAGAGUUAAAAGCAGAGCAAGAUGAGCGGAAGCGGGAGGAAGAGGAGAGGAGGCUCCGCCAGGCAGCCUUCCAGGAGCUCAAAGCCACUUUCAGUACAUAGUCCUGCCGACCUUGACCCCCGUCCACCACUGUGCCUCACAGAUGCCCGGGAGGAGAUUGCCAGGCAUCCUCACCCUGCCGGCCCCUCCCUGAAGGAGCCUCACACCCCCUGCCCAAUGCCAACCCCUCAGCUUCACACGGGGGCCGGGGGCCGCUCUCACUCAUCCCCGGGUCUGAGCCCCAGCAAGAGGGUCCUGGGGUGGCCAAUGCCCUGCUCAUCUCCUCACUCUUGGUCAGAUUCUGCCACUUGCUUUUGCAUCGUCUGUCCUUUAGUGACAAUGGGGCUUACGGGAGGCCAGGGUGGACCGCUGUCUGUCCCCUGUCCAACAGGGGGAAGGGGCGCACAGCCGAGAUGACGCCGAGUAGAGACAGAAAGUUCUGUUCCUUCCUGUCGCCUUUCUCCUGGCUCCUUAGCAUCGCCCCUAGGCCCACCAUCUUCAUCCUUCCUCCACCCUUGUCUUCCCAUUUCAGCCUUUUCUCCACUCUUAAGUACUAUGCUGCUUGACUAUAAGGAUGCAAGAAUAAUUAGAAUAUUAAGGAGUAGAGGAAUUCUUGUUAACUCUGACUAUGCAAAUUAUAUUACAACGAACACCUGACAUUCCCAAGUGACAAAUCCAGGGCUUUUCAAAAUCCCAAAAGUCAUGGCCAUCCCCAUCAUCUAGCUAGUUUCCAGCAUCUGCUCCAAGGUAUUGAGGUGAAGAUGUUCUUACCCCAGUACAGAUUUUUAUACCUUGAGAGUUCUUGGAGUUGCUUAUAAAUAACAGGGGUUUGUUGUAUUUUUUUUUAAAAAAUUCCUAAUGUCAUAUUUAUUUCUUCUCUUUUGUAACUGCUGUCUUUAUGAUAAA